AUGGUUUGGUUUGACUCCGCAGGAAAUAUAUACCGUCACGAUAUCCUUCCCUUGGCGAAGAAAAAUAAAGUUGUUCGUCUUGCUAUCGCUGCGGUUUCUGUUCAACAUGCAGCCUGCAAUAGAGGCGAUCGAAACAUUUCCGAAGAUGCACGGAAUGAGGCAGUGGCCAUGAUCACCAACUAUAUCACUGAUGUCACAACUCGAGUUACCGGCGGACAUGAUGUUGAGCUGGGCCUCGACGUCGAUGCGGCUGAAUGGAUCCUGGCCUCGAUGCUGGUCCUUUCUUGUUACGAGAUGGCCCACUCAGGUGCUGAAGCUGCUGAAUUUCACCGAAAAGCAGCUCGCUCUCUAGUGGCAACUCUUUCUACAACUGACCACUGUAAGAGCAAGUUCUUCACCUCAAUGAGAAACAAAUUGUCGACCUACGAAGUCUUCCGCUGUACGACAUCUUUCGAUUUACAGGAUAUUCAAAAUGCGGUACUUUCUGACCCUGCAGAUGAAAUGGAAGGCUUUGAUGAGACAACUCUUUUUUCUGGAUACACCAACCUUAUACAUGAAGUUACCAUGUUAAGGCAAUGUGCCCCAGCUGCCUCCCGGGCGAGUCGCGACUGGAAAGCCGAAUUUGAAAUUGCACGAGGGAUCACCCUGAUGGCAAUCGGCAGACAUUCUUGCAUAAAGACGUCCGCUCAUCGUCGAGACCUUAUUCGCAUCGUGGAAAUACAUUAUAACGCUGCUCUUUUAUAUGUUUCCAGGUGCCUUGGACCCAGUUCUUUUGAUCAAACGCAGACGGCCAUUUCGGACUUACUAAGGCAGAUCCACGCGAUGGAGGAUAUAGAUUAUUGGCUCCAAAAUCUACCUUGGCCUUUAUUCAUAGCAGGCGCUGAAAGCUACGGAAACCAUGAGAGACAGAUGACCAUCUCCCAGCUAUACGAGAGGGUCACCUAUAUCACGGGCCUGCGGCAUUACCAUGAUGUAUUGGAUUUUUUGAAUACUUUUUGGUCUGGUAGCGAUUCUGAUUGGCAAGUUUUAGCUAGGAAUUGGGAUGCAUCGGGUAGAAGGAUUUUGGCGUAUUGA